AUGUUAGGCCUUUCUCUAGAGCCCAGCAUGCUGGAAGGUCCUACCACUUGCCUCACAUUCCUCAGAAUCGAGGUAGACACAGUUAACCUGAAGCUACGCCUUCCUACAGAUAAGCUUGACAGAUUGCUGAAUGAGCUUGAGGAGGCAUGGGGUCGGAAAGUCAUAUCAGAACGGAAACUGCAGAGCCUUACUGGCCUCCUACAGUACGCCUGCAAGGUAGUCAGGCCUGGUAGAUCCUUCUUGCAAAGGUUGUAUGCUCUUGAGAAGGUGGGCUCUACCCCAGAUCAUCACAUUCGUCUGAUUGUAGCAGCAAGAGCCGACGUGAUGUGGUGGCAGCUAUUUGUCUCUCAUUGGAAUAGGGUAAUCAUGCUUUGGAACCCUAAACACUCGCAAGCCGACAUCCUGGUAUUUACAGACGCUUCAGGCUCCUGGGAGGGUGGAGCUUUUUGUUCACACCUCUGGUUCUCUUUUCAGUGGCCACUCAACCUGAAGCCAACUUCUAUGCAGGUCAAAGAGCUCAUCCCAGUUGUUAUUGCAGCGGCCUUGUUUGGAAGGUCAUGGAGAGGGAAGCUAAUUGUGUUUUCGGUGGACAACUAA